AUGGCCGAUAAAGAUCUCACCCCCGAACAGGAGGCCGCCGCCCGCGCCAAGGAAGCCGAGGAGCAGGCCGCUCUCCCCUACAAAUGGAACCAGACUAUUGGCGAUGUCGACGUUUACAUCACCAUCCCGGGAAAUCUCAAGGGCAGGGACCUUAACAUUGAUAUCAAGAAGACCAAACUUGUCGCAGGUAUCAAGGGUCAAGACCCCAUCAUCAGCGGCGAUUUCCCACAUCCCGUCAUCGUCGAUGAUUCUACGUGGACCUUGACGACCGCCCCUGACGGCACCAAGACUGUCGAAAUCCACCUUGACAAAGUCAACAAGAUGGAGUGGUGGGCCCAUGUCAUCGUUACCGCCCCUAGGAUCGACGUGACCAAGAUCAACCCCGGCGAGUCGAAGCUCUCUGACCUGGAUGGACAGACGCGCGCGAUGGUUGAGAAAAUGAUGUUUGACCAGAGGCAGAAGGAGCAGGGUCUUCCGACCUCUGAAGAGCAGAAGAAGCUUGACAUUCUUAAAAGUUCCAACAAGAGCACCCGGAGAUGGACUUUAGCAACGCCAAGAUUAGCUAAACGGGAAAAGGUUGAUGCAAAGGGAUAUGCCAUUUUAAUCUAG